AUGCCACUGCUUAGAGAGCGGCUGUUUCGUCUGAAAAGUGCGCCGACUGAUCCGCUGGAGACUCGACUUCGACGAUGCCUGACCACGACAGAUAUCACUCUGCUUGGAGUGGGUCAUAUGAUUGGCGCAGGCAUUUAUGUCCUCACAGGUGAAUACAAUCCUUCUAUCGUUCCGCUUAUAUGUCAUAAAUAUUCUCCAUGUUAUAUGUCAUAA